GAGGGCCUUAGUCCGAGUGGGUUCUGCGGAGCUCUACCACGCGUCACUUUGCGCGCGGGGUUGAGGCCUUCUUAUGUGGGGUGGUCGCGCCGGAAGUGGCUCUGGCGGUGGUGUUUUGGUGUUGUAAGUAGCCCGUGGCAGAGUUUUGUUGUUAAGGGGGCGCGGCACCGCACCGCUCCCUUCACCUUCCCUGCAGCAGCCAUGGCAAAAGGCAGAAUCGCAGAACGAUCGCAGACAGGGGCACUCCAUACGACCUCCGCAGGGGACAGGGCAUCAGGGACGCGAGGUCUCGUGGCGUCGGGCGAUGGAGACCAUCUGAAGGAAAAAGCCCGGGCAGAAGCUGGAUCAGCAAGAAUGUCACUCCUUAUAUUGGUGUCCAUUUUCUUGUCUGCAGCUUUUAUUAUGUUUUUGGUGUAUAAAAAUUUUCCUCAGCUUAGUGAAGAAGAAAGAGUAAAUAUGAAGGUUCCCAGAGAUAUGGAUGAUGCCAAGGCUUUAGGAAAAGUUUUAUCCAAAUACAAGGACACCUUUUAUGUUCAAGUACUUGUAGCUUACUUUGCUACAUAUAUUUUCUUGCAAACAUUUGCUAUUCCAGGCUCUAUAUUUCUCAGUAUACUCUCAGGGUUUCUUUAUCCCUUUCCACUAGCCUUAUUUCUUGUCUGUUUGUGUUCUGGACUUGGUGCCUCUUUCUGCUAUAUGCUGUCCUAUUUAGUUGGGAGACCAGUUGUGUACAAAUACCUAACAGAGAAAGCAGUAAAAUGGUCACAGCAGGUUGAACGUCAUAGAGAACAUCUCAUUAACUACAUUAUAUUUUUGAGAAUAACACCAUUUCUGCCUAAUUGGUUUAUUAAUAUCACAUCUCCUGUGAUAAAUGUACCAUUGAAAGUUUUUUUUAUUGGCACUUUUCUAGGUGUCGCACCUCCCUCUUUUGUAGCGAUUAAGGCAGGAACAACAUUGUACCAGCUUACAACAGCAGGGGAAGCCGUUUCCUGGAACUCAGUAUUUAUUCUGAUGAUUUUGGCUGUUCUUUCUAUUUUGCCAGCCAUCUUCCAAAAGAAACUGAAGCAGAAAUUUGAGUAAAAAAAUCAUCUGAUUUUUAUUUUUGCUAUCAUCAUCAUCAUCUCAGGAUUAGCAGGUGCAUCCAUUUCUUUUUUAAAUCACCAGUAAUUGAAACAAGGAACUUGUAAAGUAAAAUUUCCUCUCAGAUAAUAAAAUCAUACAUUUAAAUACAAGGGGGAGAAGGAAUAAAAAUGAAAAAUUGGUGUACUAUGAAAAGUGCCAUCAAUAGAGUAGAAAUCUUCCAUAGACAUCUUAUAAAUUAUUACAUCAAGGGUAGCUAUAGAUAAUAGUGGCAUGGUAGGAAAUUCAGCUGAUUCAUCCAAUUUUUUUUCUCUUAUGUCUUACUAAUAUCUAAAAUACUUAAAAAUUCUAGAUUUUUUAAAGUAGCAUUGCUGUUUUUGCUAAUGUUAGCCUUUUUUGAGAGCAUAAAACUGGAAAACGGAAGCUUAAAAGGAGAUUUACAUUUGCUUCCUCUUUUUACCCUUGAGCUAAUGGGUUUAUUUAAAGGUCAUAAUAGACCAUGUAUAUGGAAAGGAUAUCAAGACCUCUGUUUUGUGAAUUUUUUUUGUUUUUACGUUUCUCUGUUAUAGAUUUUAUCAUGAAUUAGUGUGAAAUAUAAAAUCUAGCCAGUCUUUCAUCCCUUUUUUCUAGUUUUCACAGUAUUUCCACCUUGGAUUUACAAAAUGUGCAUUACAUAACCAUAUAUUUGGUGUUAAUAGUUCAUAUUCAGAUAAUACUUUGUUACAGUGCCCUUUCAUGUCUCAAAAGGGGAUCUAAGGAAAUGCUCACCAUAUGCAGUUUUUAGAUAUUAGAUUAUUUUAUGUUUUGAAACAAACAGUAUCAACAUAUGUAAUAAGUAGUUAAAUAUAGUCUAUUACAAUGAUUGUAAAAUUUUCCUCAUUUAUUAAUUAGUUUGGUCAUUAAGGAAUGUAUUAUGCAAUUCUUUUUAUGCAUGAUACAGCUCUAAGAAUGCCUUUCUUUGUUUUGAUUGGUCGAUUUUUUGUUUGGGGCUGCUUUUGAUCAGUGCAGUUCCCUAUUUAAUCUUUUUACUUUUUCUAACUUACAAAGUAAAAUUAAUUUCUUACAUGGCAACUACUGUAUUUAAGUAGUUCUGGAAAAAGUAAAUUGCUUUUUUGCAGGUUAAUUAAAUGCCCUGAUUCCUUGAUUCCAUGACAGCCCAAUCUAAAGUACUAUUGUCAGUUUUCCAAGAUUGUCAUUAUGUUAAAAAGUACUUUAGCUGUGAAAAAUCUUUGUAUGUUUUUAUUGUGAGAAAUAUAAUCAUCCUCAGAGCCUAUUUCUACUACAUAAUGUGGACUGAUUCAUUAUUUUUUCUAUCACAGUAUUAACAAAUGGGUUUAUUGUAAAUACAAAGAAAAUAUAUUGAUUAUUAUAGUAUUCUUAUGUCACCUGGCCUUUUGUGUAAAGUUAUUUAUUGUCAUUUCUAGCAAGAUUUUCUUUCUUAUUGACCAGAGACUGAGUGAUGAAGCUUUUGUUAUUUUUACAAAUUAACUUAAAACAUAGCCUUUUGGAACAAAUUCACUAAAUAUUACUGUAUAAAAUGUAAUUGAGUAAAUUUUUAUCAGAAUUUAAAAAAUAAAAGAGCAAGCUUGGACUCAGGAGAAGCCUCACUAUUUACUCCAGUGUGUGUGUGUGUAUAUAUAUGUAGUACUUACUCUAUUCUCAGAGUAUUUUUCCUGUCCUUACCAUUGAUUCUUUUCCUUGCUAAUUUUUUUUGUUAGAAAACUGUAGCUACGACUUUAGGUGGGAUAUAUUUUCUUUUCCCAAGAGAAUAAAUAGCUCGUCUUUCCAGAUUCAUCAUCAUUGACUCAGAAAAAGAACCCUUCAGCGGCUGUACCUAAACGCAGUUGAUGGCCUUUAUGCACAAAUUCAUAGACUUGGACUGAUACCAAAUGUAAAUUCAAGCUUCAGCCGUGUCUUGAAGACAUUUAUAUAGUACUGACCACUAGGGAUAAAGUAUCUGUGGUGGAAGGAAAGGGAGACUGUUCCCUUCUUAGUUAAUGGUCUCUGUGGAGCUCUGUUCAUUUGAGUUUAAUAUUUCUAAAACACUUAAAUGCAGACUAAAAUGGAAUAAGAAUAAAUUGUACUGGAGAAAC